AUGGCGUCAGCAAUCAUCAAAUUGGACUUCCAAAAAGCCUAUGACAAAGUCAAGUGGAACUUUGUUGAUAUCGUGCUAGAAAAGAUGGGCUUCGGCAGAAGAUGGAGAGCAUGGGUUACAGAGUAUGUGUUGAAUAGGAUGAUUGGGGAGGCGGUAAGAAAUAGGAGAAUCUCCCCUCUUUUAGUCGGAAAGGAUAAUAUAGAGUUAUCGCAUCUGCAAUUUGCUGAUGACACCAUAUUGUUCUGUCCACCGGAGGAGGAAAUAGUGAGAAAUUACAAGAGAAUAUUGAGGUGUUUUGAAGUGAUGUCCGGUUUGAGCAUUAACUUUGAGAAAUUUAGCUUGAUUCCGGUAAAUUGCAGUCAGAAGUGGGUGGAUCGGAUGUGCGGGUUACUAGGGUACCAGGCGGCAGCUCUACCGGUGAAGUAUUUGGGUAUUAACCUAGGAGCAAACCCAAGACUGGUAAAAACAUGGAAGCCGGUUAUCGAUAAAGUAGAGGAGAAACUUAGUUUAUGGAAAGCAAAGAUUCUCAGUAAAGCAGGGAAGUUGGUCCUCAUUAAGUCUGUUAUCAAUAGCCUACCUAUCUACUAUCUGAGUUUGUAUAAAAUGCCAGUUGCGGUAGCGAAAAAAUUAAUUUCAUUGCAACGGAGGUUCUUUUGGGGGAAGGACGAUGGAAGAGCUGGGUUGGCCCUUGUAAAGUGGGAGUUGAUACAAGCACCGAAGAAACUAGGAGGGCUAGGAGUGGGAGAUGCCAUGAUUCACAACACCGCCUUAUUGUUCAAGUGGUGGUGGAGAUUCUCUAAGGAAGACUGUCCAUUAUGGAAGAAGGUUGUGUGCUCGUGCAAUAAUCUGAACCUGAGCCAGUUGCUAUCUACUCAAGUUUUACUAGGAAAAGGGGACCCGUAG